AUGGAAUCAUGGCUUCCCUCAAAGUUCACUUCCAUCCCAGCUGAAAUAUUGAUGAUAGUGUUGCUUUCACAGUUAGUACUUUUCUUCUCCAAUCUUUGUUUCCCUGUUCCAAUAAUGGUCACUGCUUCAAAGGUUGAAUCUCAAGGGAGAGCUCUUCUUCAAUGGAAGGCCACCCUUGAAACAGAAGACCUCCUUCACACUUGGACGUCAACGGUCAGUCCAUGCAACUGGACUGGAAUCACAUGCAGAUAUGAUGGCCAUCUCAUGCUAACCAUCACCAAAGUCCAACUACGAGAGUUGGGACUGGAAGGGAAGCUAGAGACUCUCAACUUCUCAGCUCUGCCAUCACUCAGAAUUCUUGACCUCAAUGGCAACCAUAUACAUGGAUCCAUCCCUGCAGCCAUUUCAGCUCUCUCCAAGCUUACCACCCUUGAUCUCUCUGUCAACAAUCUUAGAGGCAUCAUUCCAUCAGAGCUUGGUAAUUUGACAAGGCUCAAGGCCUUGUGGCUCUCCCAGAAUCAGAUAAGUGGCUCCAUACCUACUUCUUUUGGAAAGCUUCUAAAUCUGAAUUUAUUAACCAUCUCCAAAAAUUUCUUAGUUGGUUCUAUUCCUCCAGGGUUUGGAAACUUGACCAAAAUCAAGGGUUUGUAUCUAUGGAGCAACAGACUCAGUGGCUCCAUUCCUAAUGAGAUUGGGAAUUUAGUGAGUUUAAAUGCUUUCGACAUAUCUGACAACCAAAUAACUGGAUUAAUCCCUCCAUCACUUGGAAGUUUGAAAAGUCUUACAGGUUUGGCAUUAAGUCAUAAUUAUCUUUUUGGGAAGGUGCCCGAUGAAUUCGCAAACCUCACAAACUUAAACAAUCUUCAAUUAGUUAACGACAACCUUUCAGGUAAUCUACCACAAGAUUUGGCCAGAGGAGGUUUACUUAACAAACUUGCUUUGGCAUAUAAUAAUUUCCAAGGUCCCAUUCCAACGAGUUUGAAAAAUUCAACAAAUUUAGUGAGAGUCCAUCUUGAAAGAAACCAAUUCACUGGAGAAGUCUCUGAAAGUUUUGGUGUUCAUCCUUACUUGGAUUAUAUUAAUCUAAGCUUCAAUAAAUUGUCUGGCACACUAUCACCAUUUUGGGGGGCAUGUGUUAAUUUGACAAGCCUUGAAAUAUCAAGCAACAUAAUUAGCGGACUUAUACCUUUAGAAAUUGGCCGAUUGCCAAAGCUACAUCUACUCGACAUCUCCUCCAAUAAUCUGGUGGGAAAGAUCCCAAAAGAGUUUGGCAAUUUAUCUUAUGUAUUUCACCUAAACAUGAGCAACAAUCAUCUCAUAGGGAUCAUACCACCAGAAUUUGGUGAUCUAUCUUCAUUAGAAGUUCUAGAUCUCUCAAGCAAUAAUUUGACAGGAGAAAUACCAAUACGGUUGGAGCAUUGCCUUAAAUUGAAUUCACUCAAGUUCAGCAGUAAUGAACUGAGUGGAGCCAUCCCUUCCCAACUUGGUGAUUUGAACUUGCAUGAUGUUCUAGACUUGAGUGACAAUUUAUUCACAGGAGAAAUACCGCCACAACUUGGUAAGUUAAUGAUGUUGCAAGAGAUGAAUUUAUCACAUAAUGAUUUGGUUGGUGGCAUUCCAUCUUCUUUUCAAUUAAUGAUGGGCUUAACAUCAUUUGAUAUAUCUUAUAAUUCAUUGGAAGGUUGUGCUCCACCUAUCAUCCAUCGAGACUUAACAAGCAAUAACAUUCUUUUGGAUGAGGAGCACAAGGCUUGUGUUUCAGACUUUGGUAUUUCUAGAAUGCUAAAACCCAACUCAUCACAUUGGAGUUUGCUUGUAGGCACCUAUGGGUACAUGGCACCAGAGCUUGCCUAUGUAAUGAGGGUGACUGAAAAAUGUGAUGUAUAUAGCUUCGGGAUUGUGGCACUUGAAGUGAUACAUGGAACACAUCCUGGUGAUCUCCUUAGCAACUUAUCAUUGUGCAUGUUAGUGAAAGAUAUACUUGAUCCACGUCUUCCACUUUAUAUAGCGAUUCAAGUGAUCACAAACCAAGUGCUUUCAGUGAUUUCAAUAGCAAUGCAGUGCAUUAACACUGAUCCACAAGCUCGGCCUACAAUGCAACAAGUAUCUCAAAGGUUGUCUUCUCCAAAGUCUUUGCCAGCAUCCAACAUCUAUCCUUUUGAAGCACUUACCCUUGAUCACCUCAUAAAGAUCGCACAAACACAUACUGAUGAUCAAGCCUUUGAGUAA